UUCCUGUGCUGCAGAGUGGUUUAGUGAAAAAGGGAUUUUUCAGUGCCACUGUGACAGAAACAUAAGGAUCAUGCCGAAACACCGCAGGGGAAGGAGUCUGUCCGAUGCCUUGACCCUGGAGCGAUCAGACGAGGGGGCUCUGGUCGUAUCCAGCAUCAGCAACACCGCCUCAGCCAGUCAGGGACUGAGGGAAGGGGAUGAAAUUUUGGGGGCAACAAUCAACUUUGAUCAACUUUCCAAAGAGGAGGUGUUACAAGUACUGAAGCUGAUGGAGCCAUAUAACGACAAGAUCCAAGUCCUCACAAAGAACAACCGGAGCAAGAGCGUUGGAAAUCUGGACCAGUGCACCAACAGUCUUGAGACAAUGCUGAAGGAUUCCUACAGCAAACUCUACAAUAACAAAAUCAAGAAGUUUAUGAAAAGUGACUCUCUCAGUGAUGAGAGCCCUAUGGAUGGGGAGGUUACCAUCAAGCCAACUGUGCCAACCUCGUCCAAGGUCACCCGAAAACACGACAUGAGCUUGCCUCGCCUCGGAGUUGACUUUGGGCGUUUAAAAACGAAGACUUUGAGCACAAAAGUUAAUGAUGAUUCCCAGUCUGAUGAUCCUGGAGGAUUAGCAUAUAGCAGCAAUCUGAACCUUCCACCAAUGGGUCUCAGCUCGAUGGGGACUGCUCUAAUUGGAGCUCAGGUACCAAGACUGGAAACCGAUACUAGAAAUCCACAGUUUAAUGCUCCAGAGUUCCAUAUUUCUGGAACAUUACCUGAGGGUCCAAAUGUCAACACAGGUGGUAUACAGGUGCCAAACACUGAUGGUCCAUCAGUUGACUUGACAUUGCCAAAUGAUCUUGGAACAUUGCCAGAUCUAAAAAUGCCCAAAGUCAACUUGCCAGACAUGGGGCCCUCUGGACCUUCUUCUAGUGGUCCAGGAUAUGAGGUCAAGACAACAGAUAUAGGAACCCCAGAUGUUCCCUCUGGUAAACUCAGUCUCAAGUAUUCCAAGAAACUAAAAAAGCCAGAUCUAAAUGUGGAUGACCCUUCAAGUUAUGCAGAAUUACCGAAGCUCAGUCUUUCUGGGAAAUCCCCAGAUUUAGACCUAGAAAUGUCAGGUGUUGGACCGGUCAUUGACAUGCCUUCUGGGGAAGUGAAAAUGCCGCUUAAGAAAUCAAAAAUUGAUCUUAAAUCUCCAGAUUUGCAUGUGGAUUCUCCAUCUGAUAAAUUCACUCUUCCAAAGUUUGGGGUCUCAGGCAAUGGUGAAGCUCAUGUUAAAACUCCUGACCUAAGUCUCAAUGCAUCAAAGAUAAAAGGUGGAAUUCGUCCUCCUGAAACACAUCUACCCAAAGCUGCUCUAAAAGGACCAAAUUUAACCAUUGAUACUCCUUCGGUUAACAUUAAAAGUCCAACCGGAAAGUACAAGGCUCCUAAGUUUGCUAUGCCCAAUUUCAAGUUACCAGAAAUUCAAGUUCCAGAUUUUAAUGGAGAUUUAGCAGGAUCAGAUCUGCAGGUGGCAGCAUCAGGUCUCAAAGCUGAAAUUGCAGAACCAAAUUUUGAUUUAAGUUUACCCUCAAAUGACUUAGAUAUUGCAAGCCCAUCUGGGAGGCUCAAAAUGCCAGGCUUUGGGCUGUCUGGACCUAAAGCUAAAGGCCCUGAAUACGAGUUGAAAACUCCAGACAUGGAUGUAUCUUCUCCCAAGUUAAAAGGGGGCAUCAGUUUGCCUGGUGUUGAUCUCAAAGACCCAAAGUUAGACCUUAAUACCCCUGAUGUGGAUAUUAGUAUGCCCUCUGGUAAACUGGACAUUGAUGCUGAUGCUCCCUCUGGCAAGCUGAAGCUGCCAAAAUUUAAGCUCUUUGGCACAUUACCAAAGAAAAAGGAUGUGACUGUCAAUGAAGGGAUGACAACACCUGAACUAACAUUGAAAUCCUCAAGGAUACAAGGCAUUGAUGCUCCUGAUGUGAGUGUGCCAAACAUGUCUAAACAUCUCAGCACUCCAAAUUUAGACCUCCACUCUCCAGAUGUUCCAGAGUUUGAUCUUUCAGCCCCCAAAUUUAAGGGGGCGAUAGGAUCCCUAGAUUUAAGUUUGCCCGAGAUGAACCUUAAUAAACCCAAACUAGAUCUUUCCGUUCCUGAUGCUCCUGGCAUGCAUGUUGACACUCCCUCAAGCAAAUUUAAAAUGCCUAAAUAUAACCUUUCCGGUACAUUGCCAAAGGGACCAAACAUGGACAUAAGCACAGAUCUAAAAUCCCCAGAUUUAAGUCUUAAAGCUCCAAAGACAAGGGGUAGAAUUGAUGCCCCUGAGUUUGACUUACCAAACAUGGAUCUUAAAUCACCAAAGUUAGAUGUGGACGUUCCAAAUGUCAACAUUGGGUCACCCGGAGCAAAUUUAAAGAUGCCCAAAUUAAAGAUGCCAAAAUUUGGUCUUACAAGCCUAAAAGGACCUGAGAUUGAUGGCAGUUUUGAUGGUCCUGACAUGGGCAUCAGUGCAUCCAAUGUCAGUUUCAAAGACCCUAAAGCUGAUUUAGAAUUGCCAGACGCUGAUAUUACUGGGCUAUCGGGAAAAUUCAAAAAGUCAAACUUGAACCUGCCUAACUUAGGGCUUUCUAGUCCAAAGUUAGAUGGCCCUGACCUGGACCUUAAAUCACCCGCCCUAGAUAUCUCUGGUCCCAGUCUAGGUGCUGGCAUAAACACAGAUGUAAACAUGCCAAAGAUUGAUCUUAAAAAUCCCAAACUAGACCCCAGAACCCCAAAGCUUGACUUUGACAUGCCAUCAGGUAAACUGAAAAUGCCAGAACUUCAUGCUCCAGACUGGGAUGUUAAUGGCCCCUCAGGCAAAUUGAAAUUGCCCAAUUUCAACUUCUCAGGCAUUUCACCAAAAGGACCAAAUUUGGACCUGGACGCGGAUCUUAAGUCACCUGAUUUGAGUUUGAAAGCUCCAGAAAUAAAGGGUGGAAUUGAUGUCCCUGAUUUGGACUUGCCCAACAUGGACCUUAAGGCUCCCAAGUUUAAUGUGGAUACUCCAGAUGUCAACAUUGGUUCACCCAAGGCAAAAUUUAAAAUGCCCAAAUUCAAGUUGCCUAAAUUUAAUCUUCCAAGCCUAAAAGGACCUGAGUUUGAUGGAAACUUAGAUGGCCCAGAUGUUGAUGUAAAUGUACCCAAUGUCAAUCUUAAAGGUCCCAGGGCUAAUUUAGAAAUGCCAGAGGCUGAUAUUUCUGGUCCAUCUGGAAAAUUCAAAAAGCCAAAGUUCAACCUGCCUGAUUUUGGCCUUACUGGUCCAAAGUUAGAUGGUCCUGACCUUGACCUCAAAUCACCUGACCUAAAUGUCACUGGUCCUAACCUUGGGGGUGGUAUAAAUGCACCAGACAUAAACAUGCCCAAGGUUGAUCUCAAAAGUCCCAAACUGGACCUCAGUACUCCAAAGCUCAAUUUAGACAUGCCAUCAGGUAAAAUGAAAAUGCCAGAACUUCAUGCUCCAGACUGGGAUGUUAAUGCUCCCACAGGCAAAUUGAAAUUACCCAAAUUCAAUCUUUCAGGUACAUUACCAAAAGGACCAAAUUUGGACCUGGACGCAGAUCUUAAGUCACCUGAUUUGAGUGUGAAAGCUCCUGAAAUAAAGGGUGGAAUUGAUGCUCCUGACUUGGACUUGCCGAACAUGGACCUUAAAGCUCCCAAGUUUAAUGUGGAUACUCCAGAUGUCAACAUUGGCUCACCCAAGGCAAAAUUUAAAAUGCCCAAAUUUAAGUUGCCUAAAUUUAAUCUUCCAAGCCUAAAAGGACCUGAGUUUGAUGGAAACUUAGAUGCCCCAGAUGUUGAUGUAAAUGUACCCAAUGUCAAUCUUAAAGGUCCCAGAGCUAAUUUAGAAAUGCCAGAUGCUGAUAUUUCUGGUCCAUCUGGAAAAUUCAAAAAGCCAAAGUUCAACCUGCCUGAUUUUGGCCUUACUGGUCCAAAGUUAGAUGGCCCUGAUCUUGACCUCAAAUCACCUGACCUAGAUGUCACUGGUCCUAACCUUGGGGGUGGUAUAAAUGCACCAGACAUAAAUAUGCCAAAGGUUGACCUCAAAAGUCCCAAACUAGACUUCAGAACCCCAAAGCUUGACUUAGACAUGCCAUCAGGCAAACUAAAAAUGCCAGAACUUCAUACUCCAGACUGGGAUGUUAAUGCUCCCUCAGGCAAAUUGAAAUUGCCCAAAUUCAACCUCUCAGGUACAUUACCAAAAGGACCAAAUUUGGACCUGGACGCGGAUCUUAAGUCACCUGAUUUGAGUCUGAAAGCUCCAGAGAUAAAGGGUGGAAUUGAUGCUCCUGACUUGGACUUGCCCAACAUGGACCUUAAGGCUCCCAAGUUUAAUGUGGAUACUCCAGAUGUCAACAUUGGUUCACCCAAGGCAAAAUUUAAAAUGCCCAAAUUCAAGUUGCCUAAAUUUAAUCUUCCAAGCCUAAAAGGACCUGAGUUUGAUGGAAACUUAGAUGGCCCAGAUGUUGAUGUAAAUGUACCCAAUGUCAAUCUUAAAGGUCCCAGGGCUAAUUUAGAAAUGCCAGAUGCUGAUAUUUCUGGUCCAUCUGGAAAAUUCAAAAAGCCAAAGUUCAACCUGCCUGAUUUUGGCCUUACUGGUCCAAAGUUAGAUGGUCCUGACCUUGACCUCAAAUCACCUGACCUAAAUGUCACUGGUCCUAACCUUGGGGGUGGUAUAAAUGCACCAGACAUAAACAUGCCCAAGGUUGAUCUCAAAAGUCCCAAACUAGACCUCAGUACUCCAAAGCUCAAUUUAGACAUGCUAUCAGGUAAAAUGAAAAUGCCAGAACUUCAUGCUCCAGACUGGGAUGUUAAUGCUCCCUCGGGCAAAUUGAAAUUUCCUAAUUUCAAUCUUUCAGGUACAUUACCAAAAGGACCCAACAUGGACAUUAACACAGAUCUGAAAUCACCAGACCUAAAGCUGAAAAAUCCACAUAUAAAGGGUGGAAUUGAUGUCCCUGACAUGGACUUGCCUAAUAUGCACCUUAAAGCUCCCAAAUUAGACAUGGACACUCCAGAUGUCAACAUUGGUUCACCCAAAGCAAAGCUGAAAGUACCAAAAUUGAAAAUGCCUAAAUUUAGCAUGCCAAGCUUAAAAGGACCUGAAAUUGAUGGGCCAGAUGUUGAUUUAAAUGCACCAAACAUCAACCUGAAUGGUCCUAAAGCUGACUUAGAUGUUCAUGUGGCUGGUCCCUCGGGAAAAUUCAAAAAGCCAAAUUUUAACCUGCCAGAUUUUGGCCUUUCUGGUCCAAAGUUAGAUGGCCCUAGCUUGGACCUUAAAUCCCCUGACCUAGAUAUCUCUGGUCCCAAACUCAGCGGUGGAAUAAAGGCACCAGAUAUAAACAUGCCAAAGGCUGACCUUAAAAGCCCCAAACUGGACCUGAGUACCCCAAAGCUCAACUUAGACAUGCCAUCUGGUAAACUGAAAAUGCCAACACUGGCAAAACCAAAGGGAGAGUUUCAUGCUCCAGACUUGGAUGUUAAAGCUCCCUCUGGUAAAUUGAAAUUUCCUAAUUUCAAUCUUUCAGGUACAUUACCAAAAGGGCCAAACAUGGACAUGGAUGCAGAUUUGAAUUCACCAGAUUUGACUGUGAAAGCACCAAAGAUAAAGGGUGGAAUUGAUGUCCCUGAGCCUCACUUGCCUAAUAUGGACCUUAAAGCUCCCAGAUUAGAUGUGAAUACUCCGGAUGUCAACGUUGGUUCACCCAAAGCGAAGAUGAAAAUGCCAAAACUGAAAAUGCCUAAAGUUAGUCUACCAAAUCUAAAAGGACCUGAUAUUGAUGGGAAUUUUGAUGGCCCAGACAUUGACAUCAGUGCACCCAACAUCAACCUUAAAGGGUCCAAACCUGGCUUUGAAAUGCCAGAUGUUGAUUUUGGCAGCUCAUCGGGAAAACUAAAAAAGCCACUUUUUAAAAUGCCUGAUGUGGGGUUUUCUAGUCCAGACUUUGAUUUCAAGUCAACAGAUAUUAAUGCCAAAUUACCAAAAGGACCAAAUUUGCACAUUAAUUCAGACCUGAAAACUCCAGAUCUGAAUCUCAAAGCUCCAAAGAUGAAAGGUGGAAUCGAUGCCCCCAGGAUGGACUUACCAAACACAGACCUUAAAGCUCCCAAGUUAGACAUGAACACUUCAGAUGUGACUGUUGGUUUCCCUGAUGCAAAGAUCAAAAAGCCCAAAAUAAAGAUGCCCAAAGGCCCCAGUGUUGACAUAAAUGGGGACUUCAACACGCGUGAACUGAAUAUCCCACAUGUAGAUGUUAAUGGCCCCAAAGGAAAAUUAAAAAUGCCAAGUUUAAAUGCACCAGACCUCAGUCUCUCUGGACCUAAGGCAGAAACAGAAAUUAAUCUUUCAGGACGUAAAUUGAAAGGUUCUGAUAUAAGUAUGCCAGAUGCAAAGUUUCAAGGUGCCAAGCUAGACCUCAAUGCAAAACGCCCUGAUUUAGGAAUAAAUGGUAACAUAGGACGAUCUGACAUGACCUUUAUUGCCCCUCAAGUCAAAGGAGGAAUAAGAGAUCCACAAUUUGACAUGAAUGUUCCCUCAGGAAACAUCCAGGGUCCUCAGACUGAUUUUGAUUUGGCAGACAGAAAGUUCAAAUUCCCUUCUUUCAAGUUGCCUCAGUUUGGAGGCUCGGAUCUUUAUAGGACAGGGAGUGAUAUUGAUUUUGGUGCUUCUUUGAGACCAACAAAUCUAGAUAUUUCUCCUCCAAAUGCAAAACCGAACAUGAAAUCACCACAGUUAAAGGGUUACAUCAGAGGUGAAGAUGUUAGUGUUCCAAACAUGGACUUUGGCAUGCCAAAAGCAUCGAUGCAGAAUCCAAAGUUGCAUCUCAAAAAUCCAGAUCUCAACAUUGAUAAUCCUUCACUAAAUUACAAGGGACCUUCCUAUAAGAAUCGUAGAUCAGAUAUCCCAAUGGUUAACAUGAAGAUGCCUGUCCUGGAUGUAGAUAGGGAUGUCAGACUUCGUCAGACUGACAGAAAGUCUCAUAGCAGCAAAGUAAGGUCAAGUUACCCUCUGGCAGAUGCUCAUUUAAGCCACCAUAUUGACUUCAGUCGCUCAGAUCUCAAUAUUGAUGAUUUCACAGGAAAGGAUCAUGUGCUUAGAUCCAGAGGUUCGACACUGGAUCUCCAGACGUUACAUAACAACGGACUGGUGCUCUCCCCAUCAGGUUUUGAUAUUGGCAUGAGGGACCCUAGACAUACCAGAGGAAUUCCCCCUGCUGACACUGACUUAUAUGCAAAGCCUAAGAAAACAAUGCGGCUGGUAUCUAACGCGCAAUUGCCACAUCUUUCUCAAGAUUCAGGAGUGAGACCACCUGACAGUACAGAUGGAUACUAUGUCACUGUUUUUCCCACUCAAGCACAAAAUCAAAAAAUGCCUACUCGUAAAAGUAACACACUGGGGCGGCCUGUCUUUCAUCCAACAAAUGUGAACCUUGAAGUUCCAAAUGAAAAUGACCUAAAAGGGUCAACUUUCUUUUUCUCCAACCUCAUGUAGGUUUCACACAGCUGAUGUUUCAGUAGGAAGUACCAAGUGUUUCUUUUGGUAUGCUUUUCAUAUUCUGUUUAUUUAUGCCAAUUUAAGCUGUUGUAUUAAUGCUUCUGUUUCUAAAACGUGUCUCUUACUGCCCUCAUUUAAGUUUUUUUUUUUUUUUAAUACAUUGAAAUGAUGGAACUUAUAUUACAAUGUGGCAUUUUUGCACUUAUAUCAUGUGUAAAUUCAAGCUUUUUCACAUUUGUUAUUUUGUACCAUGUUUGUAGUAUACAGUGCAUGUUUGAAAACAAAACAAGUACCUAACAACUAAGUUGGCACACAAGAUCCCCAAAUUUUCUCUCCAGUGUAAUACUGAUGAUGAAACUUGAGGAAGAAAUUUGAGGACUUUAAGGUACUAUUACAAGAUCAAAGGAUGUAAGUAGUUUUUUUUAUGGUUUUAUAUACGAUUGUAUAAUUAGAUAUUGUCCAAUGAAUGUUUAAAAUGAGCAGAUUUUCAUAUUAUACUGUUUGUUUAUGCUUUUGAAAUGCUCACUUUAUUUUAUUUAUAUUGGGGAUGUACAGUAUGUUGUUAAGUCUGUAUCAUUUAUGGACCGAUUUUUGUUUCAACAUAAAAAAUAUUUAAGUUUACUAUAUAUAUCAAACUAUAUAAAGUGCCUUAAGCCAUUUUAAAUGUGACCAUGAAGUUUUUAAAAUUGGUUACAAUUGACACACCAUGUAUAAUUUUGUUGUUAUAUUGUACAAAAAAUAGGAACACAAACAUAUAUAUUUAUUUCUUAAAUCACAUUGUGCCAGUUUAUUGAGAAAGACAACCUACAAACUGUUUCAUCAAGUUUGCAUUUAUUUAAGUCCAUAAUAGAUUGCAUUGAUCAGUGACUUCUGGUGGAGGAAGUGUUUACUGAAGAUCCUUUAUCAAGACUUAAGUACUAAUAACAUGCUGUAAACCCCUGCUUUCAAGAGGUUACUGAAGUAAACCUAUGUAAAAAUGUUAACUUAUCCAUUAAUAAACAUUUUAUUUGAUAUCUGGUU